AGAAUUCAGAUUAGAAUAUAAUAUACUUAAACACCUAAACAAUCAUGCUGUCAUAUUCAAUAAUUUUGGCAAUGACGCUGUGCCAAAUAAGUGCAUCACAGGAAAACUCAAUUUUCAAACAAAGCAAAUGUUUUGCUCCAGUUUACUGUUUGAACAGCGAAGGUAAAAGUCAAUUGUCAUGGAAACAGAUAUUUUCAGCACAUUCACAGUUACAAUGUUCAACUUCAACUAAGGGAGAAAAGGGCGAACUCGGCUUAAAAGGAGAUACUGGAGAUCAAGGACUUCUAGGAAACAUCGGAAUCACCGGGCCAGCCGGGAAACACGGAGCUCCUGGCUUAAAGGGAGAGAUUGGUAUUCCAGGGCCGACAGGAAUCAAAGGCGUAAUCGGGGGUCCUGGUGAAAAAGGUGAUCCGGGAUCAAACGGAUACAGUGGAAUUCGUGGACCUAAAGGAGAAGCAUUUGGUGCAUUCAGGGAAAUUAUAACAGAUGUCAUCACUAAAUCUGACAAUAACCAGAGUUAUGGAGAAAGCAUUUUCAUUCCUUUGGUGUCGGAGAAAGUUUACAAAAGUGCAGCAAACAAGAAAUGUAAGGAUAUCGGAGGAGAAUUGGCAAAUAUAUACAACAAUAAUCUUAUGGACAGAAUUGCAAAUUACAUCGGAACCAACAAAAUGGAAAAAGGCUUCGUAAAUUAUUUCCAUAUAGGAAUGACAUAUAAUAGUAAUGUCAAUCUUGUAUAUUUCCGCAAUGGCACUUCGAAACAGGCGAACAAAUACAAAUGGCCCCCACGAUACCCUUACAAAGGACCUGGAUCUCCUUCAGACAUGUAUUUACUUGUUACCAAAGAUGCAUCGAGCGUGAAUCAAUAUUUGUGUAACAAUAACGAUAUCAGGUGCUUCGUGCUUUGCGAAAUUCAAAGACGUUAAAAGAUAGAGCCUUGCUAAUGUCUAACCAAGAUUG